UCACUGAUCACUGGUCGAGAUUCGAUUUUUUACAGACAGCCGCCAUGUAGCUGGAACACUGUUGAGUGUGGCGUUGAACAACAAACAAACCUAACUGAUUUCAGCAUUAUUUGACGUACGGAAAGACUCAAAACCAUGUCUUAACUAUGAACUUUUCUCCCCCCACACAGCAAUGACAUCUGAAAACGGUCCGUGGGUCGACCAUCUGCCAAAGGAAAUAAAUGUCACAAUCCCCCUAACAUCUGAAGAUGAAGAAAAUGGCAACAAAAUCAACCAUUUGCCUCGAACGAGGAAGAUCCUAUACGGCAUUGACGAUACACCAGGGACGUGCCUGUUGCCUUUGUUUGCCCUUCAGCAACUGAUGACGAGUAUUGGUGCAGUGAUAUCAAUCCCUCUGCUCACUUGCACAGUCAUUUGUGCAGAUGACCUUCCAGAGGUAAAGGCUGGAGUAAUAAGCAUCUCGUUCUUUGUGUGCGGGAUAGGGACGAUUCUCCAGAACAUCUUCGGAGUCAGAUUACCCAUUAUCCAAGGAGCGUCUCCAAAUUUCCUGGCAGCAAUUAUCUCGAUGAUGGCGGCAGACAGGUGGAAGUGUUCAACUGAAAUUCCUGUAUCUCACACGGUCAAUGGGACAACUGAUCUGCCAUGGGUAGUGCGAGUGAGAGAGAUCCAAGGUAACCUAAUGCUGGCAUCUCUGACACAGAUUGUGUUGGGGCAACUGGUGUUGUGGGCUUGUUGCUGAGAUUCAUUGGGCCUCUGACCAUCGCCCCAACUAUUGCACUGGUUGGUGUGUCUCUCGCCCCGCUAGCUGGUUCGCUAUGCCAGGACCAAUGGGGAGUCAGUAUUGGAACAAUGCUUCUGGUAGUGUGCUUCGCGUUGUUCCUUGGGGAAUACCAAAUUGCAGUUCCCGUGUAUACAAGACAGGAACGGUGCCAUAUUAAUCGUUAUCCCAUGUUUCAGCUUAUACCUGUCUUGCUAUCAAUUGCCAUCAUGUGGAUCCUAUGUUGUGUGCUGACACAAACUGGCGUGUUUCCUAGCAACAGCACAGACUCUGGUUUCCAGGCCAGGACAGAUUCAAGACUCCACGUCGUAAAGGAUGCCCCGUGGUUUAACUUCCCAUAUCCAGGGCACUUGGGUUGGCCCACUAUCAGUGCUGCUGGAUAUGUGGGGAUGUUGGCAGCUACCAUCGCCUCCAUCAUAGAGUCUGUCGGAGA